GUCCUCAUCGACAAUUCCGUCUCGUCUUCCCUCCCCAUCCAUAUUCUCUUUCUCUCCGUCGCCAUUGUUUCUCCUCAAGUUCUUGCCGCAGUUUUCCUCUCUGAUAUGAAUCCAUGAGUAGAGUGGAAGCGGAGUAGAUCUUGUUAAAUACUAGGUUAUAAUUAUUAUCCUCCAAAUUUGCAUCUGAUUUGAAGCCAUGAAGCAACCUUAGCCAAAGUCCCAUGUGAUUGGAGGCGGGAAUCAAAGUAACUACUGCAUGCGUUUGUACCAGAUCUUAUCCGGUGAUCUAUCCAUUGUCGGCUGAAAGAAGCAAAUAAGUUUAUAGGUUAAUAUGGAAAUUGAGAGGGACAGUGUGCGAGGCAGUUUUAUGGAACUACUAAACAUGGUUGAGCAGCCAAUGUCAAAUUUCAAUCAACAGAGCACUGUAAACUCAGUACCUGAAGAAAGUUCAUGUUAUUCUGAUAGACCUUAUUGCUCAGAAGACAAUGAUGUACUUUCCAGACCUAACUUAAGGGUUGACACUUAUGAUUAUGUCGAUGACUCAAAUGAAGUAGAGUCACGUCUACAAUGUAUCAAAGACCCGUUCGAACUUCCAGAUAAGAUGUCUAGGCCUGAAAAUCUAGAUGAGCACUACCUAUUUUCUGCAUACAAUGUUCAGACUGAAGAGUCAGAUUCGAAUGAAAGAUACAUGGAAGGAGGACCAGUUGGAGCUGUGGAACACGGAAUUAGAAGUUUUUGUGAAGACACUUCUGUUCAAAUGUUAAGGCCGGUUGUUGGUAUGAAGUUUUCAUCUAUUGCAGAAGCAUAUGACUUCUACAAUACUUAUUCUUGGGUGCUUGGUUUCAGUAUUCGCAAUGGUGAUAAUUAUAUCACGAUUCGCACUCGCGUACAGACAAUGCAGGAAUUCACUUGCCAAAGAGCAGGCUUCAGACAAGAAUACUAAAUAUGCAACUACUAGAUGUGGUUGCAAGGCAACACUCAGGUUACAUCUCAAUGAAAAUUCAAAAUGGUAUGUCAAAGUUUUUCGGGAGGAACACAACCAUGCCCUUGUGGAAUCUUGCAGCGAGAAGAAGCACCUGCAUUCACAUCAACAUAUUGACAAGCCAAUCAGAGACUUAAUAAAGAAUCUUCGAGAGAACAACGUAUCACUAACAAGGGUUAAUUCUAUAGUUGCUGGUUUUUAUGGAUCAACAAAGAAAGUUCCAUUCUGUAAGCGGAAGUUACGUACUGUUUGUUCACAGAUUGCUAGUGAAACGCUUCAGGACGACAUAGCUAAAACACUAGAGAACUUCCGUGAUAUGAUAGCAAUGGACGAUAGAUUUGCUUUCUGUGCACAGGUGGAUGAUGACAAUAGGCUAAAGUCACUAAUGUGGACUACUGGAAGGAGUAGAUCAUUAUAUAAUCACUUUGGAGAGUGCAAUAACUUUUGACACCACGUAUGGAACAAACAUCUACAAAAUGCCAUUUGGUAUGUUUGUAGGAGUUAGUAACCACUUUGAGAGUGUAAUCUUCGCUGGAGUAUUCUUGACUAAUGAGAAGGAAGAGAAUUUCCGUUGGGCUUUUAAGCAAUUUGUUGCUAUGAUGGGUGGGAAACCACCAGUUACUAUUCUUACAGAUCAGGCUAGGGCCAUUGGAAAUGCAGUCAUGGCAGAGCUUCCUAAUGCAACACAUAGAUGGUGCAAAUGGCACGUUCUGAAGAGGGCUCAUGAACUUCUUGGUGUUGUUUACAGAAAUCACAAAACCUUUGCUGAUGAUUUCCAUAAGCUAGUAAAUCACAUGCUAACAAUACAGGAGUUUGAAGAUGCAUGGAAUUUUGUUACGGUAAAGUAUGGUUUACAGGAGCAUCCUUUCAUGACUAGAGCGUACGAGUGUAGGCACAAAUGGGCCAAAUCAUACUUUAGUAAAGUAUUCUGUGCUAGAAUGUGUACCACUCAACGUAUGUGUAGCACUCAACGUAGUGAAUGUGCAAACAUGAUGCUGAAGAUACAUACUGUAUGUAAUUCUUCAAUAAAUGCAUUCAUUACACAGUACACUAAACUGAUAGACGAUCGGGAGAGUUGUGACGCAGAAGCUGAAAGGAAGAACAAACAGAAAAUAUUAAAGGUCCAUUUUGGAUAUCCCAUGGAGAAGCAUGCUUCUGUUAUCUAUACACCAAAGGUUUAUAAUCUAUUCAAGAAGGAGCUCAUUAAGUCUACAUCAUACCUUGUGCUUCCUAGCCAUGAGGAACAUACUUUUGUUGUGAAGCACGUCCAGGCCGAGUCUAGGGAAUUGUGGUCUAAAGUAAUUUACAAAAUCAAAGUAGAUGAGUCAAUUGGAUAUUACACAUGUGAAUGUGGACUUGACGAACAUUUUGGUGUUCUUUGUAGCCACGUCCUAGCGAUUUUUGUGAACCGAGGUGUCUGCAAAAUUCCAGAUUGUCACAUAAUGAAGCGGUGGACAAAGCAAGCUAGGUCAUCUACUUUCAGCAACAAGUUGGAGAAAUAUAUCGGCGACACUAACGAGGAAUCGAGAUCAUUUAGGCACCAGCUAUUAUAUUUCGCGGCAAUAAAUAUAGUUAAUGAAGCUGAGAUCGAUCCAGAUGCAUUUGCAAUUGCAAAGUCUAAUUUUACUCGUUGCAAGAAGGAAUUACAGGAGCACAGACUUUCAAAGACAACUACAUGCCAGGUAGGAUAUGGAUCAAUGCCUGAAGAUGAAGUAAGUACACAUUCUGGUGUUCAACUGGAAGGCAAUGAAGUUAGUGAAUCAUGUGUUCAAAUAGUUGAUACCACAAAAAACAUUACUAUUCCAGUUUCUUCAAUUCUUGCACCUGCUAUAAUGAAGAGGAAUGGUAGACCUUCCAAUAAAAGGUACAUGUCUAGCAUGGAAGCAAACAUCAAGAAGAAGAAACGUGGGAAAAAACCAGACCCAAAGAGCAAACAAGCUGGUGGUGUGAUGGGUGUUGUCCAGUCCAGGUUUUGCAGCAAAUGUCGAUCGCCAACACACACUAUCAAAGAUUGCCCGCAGCUCUAUUUACCUUAAUGUUCUUUGUUUGCCUUAUGUGGUCCAAAGUAUUAUACUAAUGAAUUGUCUACUCAUUAGAAACUUGUAUCUAUGAUUGGCUGAACUAAGUUAUGUCGUCUGAAUGUGAGUACUUAUAAAUUUGUUUUUCCCUAUAAUCUUCUUAAUUUGACUUGGAUGACUAUCACGAUUGAUUAAGAUUUGAUGGUAAAAUAGAAUUUUAUAUUAACUUCAAAAUGAAUGGUUGUACUGUUUAAAUUUGAUAUUCAUUUUAUAUUUGAUUUUUUGGAAAAACUUUGAAAUUUGUAUCAUUGUUAAUAUUUUUGAACUAAGCCAAAUCUUAGAAAUUAAUGGUACCCGUGUUAGAAAGAUGUGAAUCCACAUUUUCACCAUUUAGACGUUUUUUAUUUUUUAUUGAUUUUAUUUCAUGCAACGUGUUCCUCUAAUUUGAAAUAACUACUAGUUAGAACCUAUAUUAACAUUCACAUCACUUAUUCAAAGGUUUUGCACGAUAUGUAGCUAAUUAACAUAGAAGGUCAGGUAUAUUACAAAGAUAUAUUAAACUUAAUGCUAUUUUGUUGUGAUUUGUUGUUUGAACGAUUUGUCAUAAUUAAGGUUGUCGUGAUUACCAAAUUUGUAAGUAUGCUCUAGUGCAAUUAAAUAUUUAUAUUGAACAAUUAAUGAUUUAAAUAAUCAUUUGUUAUGUCUAUCUCAUACGUGUAACUCAUUUUGAAACUUAAAAUUCAUUGUCGGAUGAUUUUGUAUUAUGCAUCUACUUUAUCUAUUUAAAAAUCACGAUAAUGAAUUAUCUUGUCAUUACUGGUUUCGUAUACAUUCUGCUUCAGUAUUUUGAUUAUGUAAUUAUGAGUAAUGAAACACUUAAUCAUAUACAUUAUGAUGGAUUCUUUAAAUUUUUCAUUGUUAAUAGCUGUGUAUUAUAAUUUAUAUUUCAUUUAAGAUUAGUGACAUAAUGAUGUAGUUUCAAUAUUUCACUCCUAUUUACUUCAUUUUCACUUACCAUGUUUAUAGUUGUAAAGGUCAAAUGAGCAUAUAAUAGCACUUUCAAUUUGCACUUAUCAUAAAUCGAGUUUUAGGGUCAUAUUCCUUAUGAAAGAUUUUGAACUAAAUUGUUAUGAUUUAUGUUACUUAAAGGUAAUGUACUGAAGUUAGAGAUAUGGCAUUUUAUUUUUGUAUAAGUUAUAACCUUGACUUAAUGAUAUUUCAAUAAAAUUGUACAUUACCUAAUAGUUUAUGCAAAGCAAAAUAAGUUCAAGAGCUGAAGUAGUUUUAUUUACUUAUAAUUAACUGUGUAGUGGGGAAUAGUUUUGUUUUAAUUGCAAAAUAGCAAAGGCAUAGGAAAUAUGAUUCAAAUAUAACAAGCAUACAAGUAGGAAAAAAUUGAUACAUACACUAAAUUCAGAAAAAUAGUAAUAUGAAAUAUU